AUGCUCGCGCGCACGCUCCUUGCCCCCCUCCGGGCGCGCCUCGCCGCACCCACGACCACCGCCGCCGUCCAGCAGCUCCGCGCAUGCUCCUCGCGCGCCGCCGCGCACGCGAACUCGAUAACGCUGGCGGCCGGGGGUGCGAGGCCCAGCGUGCAGGCUCCGAGCGCGACCAUGGCGCUGGCGCAGGUGCGCGGCAUGAAGGUCCGCAGCUCGGUCAAGAAGCUCUGCGAUGGCUGCAAGAGCGUGCGCAGGAAGGGCUACGUCUACAUCAUCUGCAACAAGAACCCCAAGCACAAGCAGAGGCAAGGCUAG